AGCUUGAGAACCGAUACGGUAUUCUUCCAGAACCCCUGGAUCGCCUUCAGCGUUUCGCUUGAAAAAUCUAGGGUUUCUAGAAAUCCAUUUUACUAUAUUCAAAUCGCUAGUAGACUCAGCUGAGGAUCGAUAAUGGCGAAUCGUACGGAUCCGCUCGCGAAGAGUAUACGGGGCACCAACCCUCAAAACUUGGUGGAGAAGAUUCUGCGGACUAAGAUAUACCAGAAUACCUACUGGAAGGAACAGUGUUUUGGACUGACGGCGGAGACGCUUGUCGAUAAAGCCAUGGAGCUCGACCAUGUCGGCGGGACGUUCGGCGGCAACCGCAAGCCCACUCCGUUCAUGUGCCUCGUAAUGAAGAUGCUCCAGAUUCAGCCUGACAAGGAAAUUGUUGUUGAAUUCAUAAAAAAUCCAGAAUACAAGUAUGUUCGUGUGCUCGGGGCCUUUUACUUACGACUUACAGGAACAGAUGUUGAUAUCUACCGAUAUUUGGAACCUUUGUACAAUGACUACCGAAAGCUGAGGCAGAAGCUAAACGAUGGAAAUUUCUCAUUAACACAUGUUGAUGAGUACAUUGAUGAGCUGCUGACAAGGGAUUAUUCUUGUGAUAUUGCUUUGCCUCGAAUUAAAAAAAGAUGGACACUUGAAGGUAUUGGAACGCUUGAACCUCGAAGAAGUGCAUUAGAAGACGAUUUUGAAGAGGAGGAAGAAAAAGAAGAAGAGGACCAACUUGCAGAUGGAUUAAAUUAUGAUGGCCAUGAAGCUCAUGAUAAGGACUACCAUCGUGGUCAAAGCCCCACUAGAGAAAGAGAUCGAGAUCGAAGACGAGAUAGUCAUAGAUAUAGGGAGCGUGACUAUGACAGAGACAGGGAUUACGACAGAGACCGUGGAAGAGGGCGCGAUCGAGAUAGAGAUAGGGAAAGAGACAGAGACAGAGACAGAGAUCGUCAUCGCCUUAGAGAUGAGAAGGAUUAUGGUCGUGACAGAGACCAUGACAGGGAAGGGCGGGAGCGAGACAGACGGGAUAGGGAUAGGGAUAGGGACAGGGAUAGAGAUCGCGGUAGGAGAAGUCAUUCGAGGAGCAGAAGCAGAAGUAGGGAUCGCAAAGGUGAUGGUGACGAUCGGCGCAGCAAACGGCACCAUCGUAACAGCAGCUCUAGCCCCAAACGCGAUGAGGAGCCGAAGAAAAAGAAAGAGAAGAAGGCGAAGAAGGACGACGGAACCGACCACCCGGAUCCGGAGAUUGCAGAACAAAACAGGCUCAGGGCAUCUCUAGGCUUGAAACCUCUGAAAUUGUAAGCCUAAGCCCUUACCCUAGCCCUUGUGAUUAAUGGAGUAUUUAAUAUGCAGCAGCACAGCACCAAAGUUUAUGGAAAAUGUGCUUGUUUGUUUGUA